AUGGAGACAUACCACGGCCUCGUCCGAACCCCGACGGACGCCAUCAUCCUCUUCGAGGCCUGCAGGCUGGGCAUACUACCUCGAGUUCAGCGGAGGCUGUCAGAGAAAGAGAGACAAUCGAUCAGAUCGGGCUCGGUUUUUGUAUGGGAUGAGCGGGAAGCGGGGAUGCGGCGAUGGACAGAUGGAAAGAGCUGGAGCGCAAGUCGUGUCUCGGGAAGCUUUCUGACUUAUCGGGAAAUGGAAGGCAAAAGAGGAGGCAACGCAUAUGGCAAUCCGGGAGCUCGAGGCACCAAGACACCAGAAACUAGUCAGGAUGAUCCGUCGCAGGCUGGCGAGGGCGAAGAGGGACCUGACGGGUACCGGUACAAGCCCGACGGUCUGAUGAAGCAAUCCUUCAGCAUCACCACGUCGACGGGACAACACCUGCAUCUCAUUAGCUACUACUCUCGAUCGCAUCCGGCCUCCCAGGGGUUGCGUCAACCAAGCACCGAUCCCAGUCUGGCAUCCAUCCAGCCCGCAAAAGGAAUGUAUCCGGAAUCGACCAUCAACGAUCAGUCCACGGUUCCCGCCGUCACUCGAUCACCCAUGCUAGGCGCCCCGGGAUAUGUUGUGACUCCAGGAGGCCCAGGGUAUCACCGUCCCAGCCCUGCUCCUCCACAAGCAUAUAUUCCGCCCGGCUACAUCCCUCAUCCAGCCUACAUCUACCCGAUCAGCCCCAUGCACACGCCUCCCCCUGGGCACUAUCUCCAGCCAUAUGCUCUUCCGCCCGGUUUACCCCCGCUCGCAUAUUCCGCGGCGCCCUAUCACUCACCACACCCUCUGCCUCUCAGUCAAGCACCACCGUCCUCUUUUGAUCAGCGCCCCUUGCGGAACUCGGACUCGCGCUCGUCAGGACCUCCCCCUUUACCACCAACAACUUCGGUGCAGGCUCCGCUGAACGCUUACCCUGUCAGCCAACCCCCUCCGCCACUGUACCAGGCUAGUCCUGUCCCACCGGUUAAUGCACAAGGUCCUGAGAUGUCCAACGAAAAUGUUGGCUCUGGGCCACAGAUAGAUCCGCGCUUGACUGCCACUGCCAAUGGGGGCGAUUACCAGACGAACGGUGCCACUGUCAAGAAUGACGAGAAUCAUCCUGCUCCCGCGCAACCCCCCGAGACCACGACAGUGAGUGCCAGUCAGGCGCCUACCAUCACCGCACUCGUGCACAAUAUCGAUACGAAUGUUCCUCCCACGGAAAAAGCCGAAGCCGAAGCAGACCGACAAGCAAGUACGAGCCCAGGUGGAACUAAGAACGGGGCGCCACCGCAAGACAUUCCUAGCGAGAAACUGGGGUUUCGGGAGGACAAGAGAGCCCUGAGCAAGUUGGACCGUGUGUUUGCCAAAGUCUAA